GGAUGGAGGUGAGGUGGCGUAGUUCAGCUGCGCACCGAGCGAUAGCUCUGCUUCGGCAGAAGGUCGGCGACCGGCGUAAGUGGUUUUAAUGAAUGGCGUAGCGGAGGCCCUGAGAAAGUAGCAGCAGCCCCAGCUAGCUGUCGUAGUAGCAGCAGCAGCAGCAGCACUGCGGAGUGAGAAGAGGAGGCGGCACCCGCGCGCGGCGGUUUGGUACCGAGCGGAGAGGGAGAUGCACACGGCACACUCGAGCUGAGAAAACAGAAAUGAAGGUUCAUAGGCACACGCAAUUUUGCCUCAUUUGUUUGCUGACAUUUGUCUUUCAUCAAUGUCACCAUUGCCAUGAAGGUGAACAUAGCCACAAUGACUGUCAGAUCUCAGAAAAUGAAAGGACCGAGCCUGAACCAAGUAAGGAAGCUGAAGUUAAGCAGAAAUACUACAUUGAAAAACUCUUUAAUCGUUACGGGGAGAAUGGAAAGUUGUCGUUUUGUGGCCUGGAGAAAUUGCUGAUGAGCCUUGGCCUUGGAGAAGUUAAAAUAGUAGAAAUAAAUCAUGAGGACAUUGGCCACGAUUAUGUUUCUUACUUAGAGGUACUAGAUAUACAAGAAGGAAAGCAUUCUCAUUCCCACAACCGUCCUCAUUCCCAUAAUCACCCAAGCUCAGAAAAUCAGACUGCAAACGAAGGGUCUAGCAAAAGGAGCCAGAAGUGUGAUCCAGUGAAAGAAGUCACCGAAUCAUCUUUGAAACCUGAUGGUAGAUACACUCAUGUUUCUAAUAAUCAUAGACACCACAAGCAUCAUCACCGCCGUCAUGCACAUCGCCACAUGGACCAUAAUAGUACCCAUCAAUCUCACAGUGACUCCGUUAACACCAGGGAUCACGGGGAACCAAGUCACGAGCCUUCCACGGAAACCAACACUACUCAGGAACAGCCUGAAAGAAAACUACGUAGGCACCCUAAGAAAUGGCGGAAAAUGAAGAACAGGGAAGUUUCAAGAGUUACAGCACAAGAUUUUACUCCCAAUCAUGACUCAAAUGAGCAAUAUGAACAUAAUCAUGUCCACAAACAUGACCACAUGCAUGAUGUGUCUUUCUCACAUGUGCGUUUUCAUGAACACAAUAAUGAUCAUUCAGCUACUCAUGGACAUCAAGACCCAAACCCUGCCAGUGGGGAUGGGUAUCGACAUACCAGCAAGCGAGAGGCACCUGAUAAACAAAUCAGCGUGGGGAAGCAUGCUAAUCACAAGAACCAUAAUGAAGAUGAGCACCCUCCUGAAGAGUGCUUAAAUGUCACACAGCUGCUAAGCCAUUAUGGUCUCCGCCCUAGUUCUCCAAUUUCUCCCGGCUUGUUUACUUACCUGUGUCCUGCAUUGCUGUAUCAGAUUGACAGGCGACUUUGUAUUGAACAUUAUGAAGAUCUGCUUCUUGAAGACUUGAAUAAAGGAAAAAAUGUGUCACUUGAGAACAUGGAAAAAACAGGUGCAUCAGCCUGGAUUUGUGGCAUCAUUUCUAUCACAGUCAUUAGCUUGUUGUCGUUACUAGGUGUGAUCUUGAUUCCUAUAAUUAAUCAGGGAUGUUUCAAAUUUCUCCUCACCUUCCUGGUUGCCCUUGCUGUAGGAACCAUGAGCGGAGAUGCGCUACUUCAUCUGUUGCCACACUCCCAGGGAGUCCACGAUCACAGUCACCACGAGGGCCAAGGGCACCAGCAUGAGCAUCAGCACGAGCACCAGCAUCUACACAGCCAUUCCCAUGAGCAUGGAGGAUUGGUUCAAAACUUCCUAGAAGAGUAUGAUGCUGUACUAAAAGGACUUGUAGCCCUUGGGGGGAUUUACCUUUUGUUCAUUAUUGAACACUGCAUACGAAUGUACAAGCACUACAAGAAACAAAGGACCAAACAGAAAUGGUGGAAGAAAAAACAAAAGGUUGAUGAAUCGCCAGUUGGAAGGAAACUUUCCGAUCAUAAACUAAACAGACCUGAUGCUGACUGGCUUCAGCUCAAGCCACUAGCAGGAGCAGACGAUUCUGCACUGUCUGAUGAUCGACUUAAUGAAACUGAGUUAACAGAUCUGGAUGGCCAGCUUGACUCUCUGCCAAAGGCCUUUCUGUCCACCACAGAGGAAGAAAAUCGUAUGCUCCACUCCCAUAAUGACGUCUCUCAUAAUGUCCAGAGCAACAAUCUUUCAGAUGUGGAGUAUGGGAACCAUCAUCGAGAUGUUAAAAUCAUAGCGAGGAAGCACAACCAUCUCUGGCCACAUAAACAUUCCCAUCACUCUCAUGGACACUGCCAUUCUGGCAAAGACUUAAAAGACACCGGAAUAGCAAAUAUUGCUUGGAUGGUAAUAAUGGGAGACGGGAUCCACAAUUUUAGUGACGGUUUGGCCAUUGGAGCUGCUUUCAGUGCUGGUUUAACAGGUGGAAUUAGCACAUCCAUAGCAGUGUUUUGUCAUGAACUUCCUCAUGAAUUGGGUGACUUUGCUGUACUUCUGAAGGCAGGCAUGACUGUAAAGCAGGCCAUUGUUUACAACCUCCUCUCGGCGAUGAUGGCUUAUGUAGGAAUGCUAAUAGGAACAGCUGUGGGACAAUAUGCCAAUAACAUCACUCUCUGGAUCUUUGCAAUCACAGCAGGCAUGUUCCUCUACGUGGCCCUUGUGGACAUGCUUCCAGAGAUGCUUCAUGGGGACGGAGACAACGAAGAGCACGGCUACUGUCCUGUGGGUCAGUUCAUCCUCCAGAACUUGGGGCUUGUCCUGGGUUUUGCCAUCAUGCUGGUGAUCGCCCUUUAUGAAGACAAAAUAGUGUUGGACAUUCAGUUUUGAAAAUUUCCAGUACUCAACUGUGAUUGCAGCCAUUCUACUGUAAGACUUUUUUAGUCUGACGUGUGGUACUGUAUGCACAUCGGUUCCCAGGCAAAGCAGCGACACACACUGAUUUAUCAGUAACAGUAUUUUGGUAUCUGUAUAAACAGGGUCUGCUUUCUCGCUAAAAGAAAGGAAGAAACAAAGAGACUUGACUGAUUUGGUUCAAUGUUUUCUUUUUAAAUAAAUCAGGUUGGGUUGGAAGCAGAACAUGUAAACAUGAUGCCUGGGAUGCUGUUUACAAAGAUAUUGUUUCUAUUUGGCUCUGGCAGCGGGCAGCAGAAGUCACACCCCUCCCUGGCAAAGCCUUUUGUGUUGCGCUUGAGCAAAUGGUGAAAGGCACCCCUGUCCACAGAGCCUGCGUGCCAAGCUAUGUCACUCUCCAGGCUUCUUGUCCCAGCCUGUAACACACACAGGCUUGCAACUCAAAUUAAUUGGCAGUGCACAGUUAGAGCCUUUCUGAGUGGGGUUAUCUUUUUAAUGGUUUUUUAAACAAAGCAAAAAAGAUGAAUUGUUUCUAGCAUGUUAUGAAUGAAUUGCAUUUGCUCCCAGCCUUGUUGCCUGCUCUGUUGGCUCUUUUGCCCUGUGCUGAAUGGUGUGACCAAACUGAAACCCUGUGUUUUUCUGGUUCAGCCAUGUGAUUGAACUUCCCUCCCCUUUUCUCAGUCCUUGCCAAUCAACUUGUUUAGUACAGGGUUUUAAGCACACAUCCUUGUCUGCAGCCACUGCUACACAGCUCUGCAGUAGCGGCUCCUUUGCAAAUUCUUGAGCCCCUUCCUUACUGUGUUGCUGAUGCAGUAUUGUACUCUUGUCCUUUUGAAGCCCAAGGAAAAGCAGGCUGUAGAUUUCUGAAUCAAGCCUUAGGGGCCUGUGUACCUUGGGGUGGGGGUGGGGGGGUUGAAAAGUAUUAGCUAUUUAACGUUAGCUUGUGGACAUUGGUUAGCAAAAUGCCGGAUAGUUAAAUAUUGCUUGUGGACUGCCCCAAUCCCCUUGCUGCAGUUGUGUAACAGGUAGCAGUGCUGUUUGAGUAACUUGACUAAUGGAGCACCUGCAUCAGGCUCCUUUGACAGCAACCCUUUUUUCAUACUGGUUUACGUGACUCCUGAGAAUAGUUUUGAAAGUAUGACUUCAAUGCCACGCCACCUGAGUUUGGAGCACCUGCAGCAGCUAUUUGACGUUGGGAACUUUCUCCCCAAAAGCCCCCUUUCGGAGACUGUUUUAAUUGUUCUUAACUUUUUUUUUAAUUCUGCUGGGCUUUUACCCAUGUCUUUGCUGCAGUUGGGUUCCUUCUGUGAUGUAGAAGUCCCAGAGUCUCCUCCGAGGAGCCGAGCAGGUGACUUCCUACUUCAGGUUGCCUCCUCCUGGGGAGGAGAACUGCUGCAUCCUUGACGGCGCCCCAGAUGGCUGCAGGGGCUCCUAGAAACUGUGCAAAGGAGGUAAAAGAGGAGCAGGCCUUCAGCAUCAGUCGAGUAGUUGUCCUGGCCUCAUGGCAGGUGCAGAUCUGGGGAAGUCCUUAACUCAGCAGGGGUUAGCUUGACCACAGGAAGAAUGUUCGUGCCAAGCAGCUGUUAACUCCCAGAGACCAAUUGUAAGAGAUUGUGAGAAGAGCAGGCUCUUUCAGCCCCAUGAAACAAGAACAGCGUGUGACAGUCCUAAACGAAUCUUGGGAGUUGGUUUCUUUGAGCAUUUUUCUUGCUUUGUUUUUUUGUUUUUGUUUUUUUAAUGUAUAUAUAAGAUGAGCUGCAUAGGAAGGUUGGUGGGUUUGUUUUGUGGGGAGGGGGGAUACUUUCUUUGAUUGCCAUCAGAGUUCCUAAAAAGUUAGAAAACCAGACAAGCCUUCAUUCCAAUUUGAUUUUUGAUCGUUCCACUUACUUUUUCUCCAGACAUUCCUUUUUUAUGCGACUGUUGUCUACUUUAAACGUGUGUUGGAUGAUGGUGGCUUCUGUGGGAGGGAGAGAAUGCUGACAGACAGCAGUGUUUUGGCUAGCUGGUGGCUCCAUAGAGAGGACUGGAUCCUGCUUUCUUACCGACUGCAUACCCACUGGGAUCUCGGCACAACUGUAAAUGCCAGUGUUUCUCAACUUUGGCAACUUUAAGUUGGUUGGACUUCAACUCCCAGUAUUCCCCAGGCAGCAUAGCUAGCUGGGGAAUUCUGGGAGCUGAAGUCCACCCAUCUUUAAGUUGCCAAGGUUGAGAAACACUGGUAAAGACUAUAAGGUUGGGUCUCAUCUGGUCUCACGCUCUUUGCUGGAGAGGGUAGUUCGUCUACAGCUAAAAAUGCUUGGCCCCAAGCUAGAGGAGGUGAUGCUGAACUCCCCCUGGAUAUCUCUCAGGGGGACUUCCUUCUCCCAGGGUUUGGGCCCUUUGGUCUCUCAUUGUCUUAGAACCUGCCAGAGGGCAUCGCUGGAGUGAGAUUUUUAGUCAGGAAAAAAAGGGCGUGCAAGAUUUUUAAGGCCUAUUUUUGUAAUUAUGAAUAAAGCUUUCUCUACUUCAGGUAGUACUUUUUCCUUUUGCAUUUUGCCGGCAUGUGCUAUAGUGUAAUGUCAAUCUGAGGAAAAGAAUUAGUCCUAAGUAACAGAUUUUUAAUUUUUUUUAAACAGAAAACUCUACAAAACACAGGUCGUGUGGUAAAGUGUUAGGAUUUGAUGGGCCUUCGGGAGAAGUUCCUCCCUCAUUCACUUGUGUGCCUGCUACACUUUGUGAAGAGCAGCAGAGCAGCCCUAGCUUCUUUUAUUUCCUUGGGCACUGAAUUCCCUAAACUUUUUGAAAUACAAUUAAGUGAUCACAUUUGGGACAAUCGGGAUUCCACUACAUUUCUCCGUGGAUUCAUCAUUCCCUUCCACUGGAGUCCAGUCUCAUUUAAAUGUGUACUUGUUGUUAGAGGGCGUAAAUGUUACUUGUAUCUUACAAUGCUGUCACUGUGUGACAUCCCAUAUCGAUCACACUGCACUGAAUCAGCUGUGAUGAUGAUGAUGAUUGCUUAGAAAAUGCUGUAGCAUCCUAGGAUGCAGUGUGACUUCUUUCCUUAUGGUUGAAACAAUGUGAUUAUGGUCCUGAAAUAUAUUUGAGAUACAGCUUUGGAAGGGGUGGGGGUUUUGUUUUGAUUUGUUACACAAAAUUCAUUUUUUUAAAAAUGCAUACACACACACACACACACACACACACACACACACACACACACACAUAUAUAUAUAUAUAUAUAUAUAUAUAUAUAUAUAUAUAUAUAAAUAAAUAAAAAGCUGGAAAUGAUGAAAUGCUGUUUUUGUCCAUUGUCGACAGUGUUGUGUUUAUGUCUGUUCCUUAUUCACAAGGAACAUAAGAAAAUAAAAUUAUUGAAUAAACAA